AUGGUCUCUGUGGACCUUCCUUCUUAUAUUGUAAUCCAGUAUGCGAGUAAUUCACUACUCUAAUUUGCACUUUGACCAGUAAUUCGACCUUCUUUGUUAUAUUUUUUCCCUGUUUUCUUCUCCUAUUUCUAUUCAUUUCAAGUGUCAUUUUCCGUCAUGCAGCCGGAUGAGACCCUUAGGGCAUGCGUCUCAAUUUGAAAACUGAGAAACCUUAACUGAGCCACAAAUUUCCUUCUUGAUUGCCAGGGGGCAAUUUCUGCUUUCCUUCCAAUUACUUUUUACUUGCGAUGAAACAUUGAGAUGCAGCUGAGCCCUGAGGGCGUCCAGAUUUAUGGAGAUAAAUGGGGACAUUAUUUGCUCUCUUGGGCUUGUCUUCAAUUUUUUUAAAGACGUAAACAUGGGCUAUUUUUCACUAGAGGUCGUUGAGUUUAUUAUACCUGAAUGUUUGGAUGAAUAGGUUAAAAUUAGUUGAUAUUUACCACUUCGUAGUUUUAAUGAGGUAGUUAGAAGAGAUUGGCUAGAUUAGUUGCCUCGUGUUCUAUUUUAUGCCACCAAAUCGGGCCAAUUAUAUUGUUCUCGAGGACCAGAAAAUUUCAAGAAUUCUAUUAUCGAACAUUCGCCAAAAAUCAAAAAAAAAAUGUUUCUGAGUACUUAAAAUCGUUUUCAUACAAACUGUUAUGGGAAAAAAAUCAAACUUAAAUGCCCAUACAGAAAAAUCUAUAUUCACAUUGCAUUUACAUAAGUCCGAGUGCGUGUUGUUGUUUGCGCAAAGGGUUUCCCACCAGUCUCCGGAUUCGGCCGCUUUUGGCCGCUAUUUCCUGUAAUUUUAAUGUCAAAAACAUGGAAUUUUCUGGGUAUGAUGGUCAUGGCCGGAAUUGGCUUCAAGUGCUUAUUUGGAGGGUUUCCGUGAUUUCGAAUACUUCAGGGCUUCGAGGCUUCGUUUUUUCUUAAGGAGACGGUUGUUUUUGAACUUUUUGGCACUUAAAAAUGGCUUCGACGAGUAGAUCUCUGCAUUUUUUGGGUUGUUUUGACUCGAAGAAGGAAGUUGUAAGAAGCUUAUGGGCGUGUUUUGACAGUAAUGACCCUAAAUCGUGUAAAGUCGGUUCAUUUUGUCCACGAGUUCAUCUUUUUUCGGCAUUUUUGAUGGUUUUAUUCAUCUUCUUUUGACAUCUUCCCCAACAUUUUAAUUAAAAAAAUGUAACUCAUAUUGUACUUGUUGCUACAAACCGCCACGUUCAUUGUUCAUUUUAGAAGUGGCAAAAAUAUAAGACAAUUAAAAAAUACAAAAAAAUCAAUUUUCAAGCAUUUUUAAAAGCCUCCUUUUGACUACUUUUUAAUCUUGGUUCGUAUGCUUACAAUUCCAAAAAAAAAUACUUUUUCGAAUACUUGUGACCUAUCGCCUCAGACAUUUAUUAUUUUAUCUCUUUUUGGACGUAUUUAAUAUGCAAAGUGAAUAUCUGAUAUUGUUUUCAGCACAAGACAGUAAAAUUCUCCAAGCCCUGUUUUCCAAAAACUAAAAAAAACUUUCUUGCGUCAAAUACCCACGCAAAUUGUAGUCAGUAUCUGCCCAUCUUUGUACAAAAAAUGAAUCAAGGCCAUUGUUUUUGCGUUUUCCCUUCCGCUUAGAGCUUAUUUAGGUCCCCGCGGAGGGGGAAUAUGGCCAAGAAUCUGUGCGGCCACAAGAUAUUUUUUAUAUUUUUUACUUUUCUGUUUAUUUUUAACAUUUUUAGCCAUGAAAUUGGAGAAAGUGGGGCCUAAUUUCAAUUGACCGCUCUAUUUUCCCUUAGGGUUUUAUGUAAAUGAAGCCGGGAUUUAUUUCCAUUAGGGAAGCGGAAGAGAUUUCAGGGAAUCCGUUUUAUUGUAAAAGCGUUAUAAGAAUUGUUUUCGAGGAUUUGAGAUUUUCAGAGGAGGAAAAUCAUGCUAAUGCUGUUUAGAUUUCAGUCAGCGAGUGGCUUGAGGUUCGUAUUUAGUCUUUAUUAUAAUAUUAACAAAAAAUUAGCAGUUUUUAUGGCUCCUUGAAGGCUUGAAACAUAAUGCCAAAAGUUGGCGGGAAAUUGAAUUUUUGAAUUUUAAAUCAGUUUCAAAUAGUUCAAUACUGUCUGGCAGUUUUUGAAUAGCACUCCAUAAACUUAAUUCUCUGUUUUCUAUCUCCCUAAAAUUCCCAUUUUCUCUUAAUUUUCCCCUGAAAUUGGCCUUUUUUCUUUUCUCAUGUGGCCAAAUCCAAAUUUAUUUAGAUUCAUUAAGCCCAUUUGCGUCUCUAAUUGUCCGCCUCAGGCAAAAAAAAAAGAACAUUGGGACACAAAACGGCGGCUAACGGAUCCAUUCAGCCGCAGGGGAUUCAAUUUAUUAAUUUUCGUCCAAAUUCCGGCUGAAUUUAAAUUUUGAAUAUAAAAAACGGCCGAAAACAACUCAUGGGUUAACAGUAUUCAAUUUUUCCAAUUUUCACUUAGACAGUGCAGUUUUUCCAAAAAUAAAAUGUUUUAUUUUUUUUGAUUUUCAAAACUUUUGUUCAAGGAGUCAAAAAAAAUUGUUGUCGGAUGUUCACAGUAAUUGAAUAUUCAUAACUUGAGUGUAUCUCGACUCGCUGACGUCUAAAAAAUAUCGUUUUGAAUGGCCGAAAAUUGAGGAGUCCCAAAAACUUUUUUAUUGGUUGCGAAGAUCGAAUGACCUCAGGGCAUUUGAGAAAAAAACGCGGGAUGAUGUGUUCUAGUUAGACUUGAUUUUGUUUGAGGUGAAUCUUGUUAACGGCGGCCUUCUUCUCACUGAGGACAACAGAAUUUUAACUUAUGAACUUUGGAGAUGUCUGAGGGCAAAUAGGCUCCUGAACUCUCAAAAAAAUUGUGCAAAUUGGAGUAAAUUUUAUUAACAAUCUAUUGUGGCCUUACCCCGUCAAUUGGGGCAAUUCAGGGAGAAAAAAUUUUGAAAAUUCAAAUUUCCCGCCAAAUUUUUUCCUUCUUUUGAAAGGAUUUAUGUGGCCUCACAAUGGAAAAGCGAACUGUAACAGGCGUAAUAGAGUAAUAAGGAUAGCCGUAUUCAUACUUUAACAGCAAUUUUUCUGACCCUUUUAUAUUAUUUAUGACGUCUAAUCUCAUUUUUCCUUUAUCAGCCAUUUAAAGUCCAAAUUUUUUGAAUCUUUGUUUUCACUCCCACUUCUAUCAAAUUUUACAUCCUCCUUUAUCCUUUUAUUUCCUUAAAUUCAAGCACUUAGGAUCUCAGCAUGCGAUUUACAGUACUUUUUUGAAUGCCCCGACCUCCGCUUUUCUUUAUGUUUCCAAUAAUUUCCAAUUUCCAAUUUCCAGAGUUUUCUCUGCUGGAGAUUUCCACUCUUGCUAGCAGUAAUACUUAACUACUCAGCAAAAAACUUUUUUGUUUUAAAUAAUUUAUUUUGUAACUUUGGAAUCGAAUAGUUAUCGUUUUUAUCGCUUGCGGGCAUUUCCCGGAAACCUUGAAUAUUUUGUGCUGUUCCUGCUGAAAGCGAAAAGCGAGUGGAAUGACGGGAUGAAAGGCUUGCCAUCGGUCUCUUCUGCAAAGUUCUUCAUGAUGCCAUCUACUUUAAUAUUACGUAGUGAGGGCGUUCACUCUAUUUUUAAGGGCCAUUGAAAAUAUUUUUCCUUUAAUAUUAAUUUACUCAUCUAUUAAAACACUUUAUUACCAAAAACAUUAUUAUAGGGCCGAAAAUUUUAAGAUUAAAAAUUCCGCCAAAAUUUGGCAUUGUGUUUCAGGUAUCCAAAGUGCAUCGAAGCAGUCCAAAAUAGAAUAUUAUUAUUGAUAAAAUACAAUUUAAAAUACCGCUUUUCCUUUCUUUAUGUCGUUUUUGUUUAUUUGAUUAUAUUAUCCAUGUCAAAUUUGAUUAUUUUCGAACCCAAUUUACCUAAAUUUCCACCUUUACUUUAAAGACUACCACUAUCAUAACAAUUACCUUUUAAGUUUUCAUUUGCAUGUCAUUUGAUGCAUUUUCUGAAACGCAAUUUCCUUCGUCAUCACGACUCAAAUCCGUUUAACAGUUCUAUUUUGGUUUUGUGAAUUGUAAAUUGCGGGCUUCUGCGAGCAUUCCCAGGUAGUAGACGUCCCGCGAGGCAUGGUUUAUUUAUACUUUCUACAAUUUUUGGGGUUAAAUUUAGAUGUUUUGUAGUUUUGGUCAUGUACAAUGUAAUGGUAUUAAAUUUGUAAGAUUAUUUUGGUAUCUUGUUGUCGUAUCUUACAAAUAUAAAUUUAGUUGCGUUUAGUUUGCUCUGGCUUCAUUUACCAUGUUAUUAGCCGUCGUAUUUCCGAGAAUGCGAGGUUUUUCUUGGGAUCUUUGCCCAAAUUCCAUUUUCCGAACUUCUUUUGGCCGAAUUUAAUAUUUAUUUUUUUCAGUUAUACCUAAUUAUCCCUUCAACUCUCUGAAUACUCCCUAACCAUUAGUCACAGACGUUUUUGAAAUUAUCUAUACUGUGUUUUUACUCAACUUUUGGCCUUUUUCCCGAAUUCGGGGGAAUAAAUUGAGAAAAUUCAAUUAAAUUUGUAUAAAACCCAUCCGGAAUGACACGCGGAUUCCAAUUUUAAAUUAGUGACGCGUGAAAUUGGGGAGUCUAGGCCUUCAGGGGAUUUGGGAUUAGAAGGUUAAGGGUGGGGGGAAAGAUUAGUCUCGGGGGCAAAGUAGGGGGAAAAGUUGUCGUAAAUAUUGUUAGGAUAAGAGUUGGGGGUGGGUUCGGGGAUUCAGAGAAAGGAGGGAUGGCUCGGAGGAAAGUGAGAAAACAAUAAACAACGCAAAACCGCAAAGAAAUUUGUUGAUUUAGAGGUUGUCUUGAUUUUUACUAUCAUCAUAGCAAGAAUUUGAUUUUUUUCGAAAAAUUUAGCUGUUUAGAAUACAAAAUUUCUCCCACUUUCAGCCAAAAAAAUAUACAAAACCUGCGAAAAAUCAACCUUUUUUCCCUGAAAAUCCCAAAAAAUCGCUCAGAAAUAACUUUUUUUGGCCUACAAAUCCACUUCAAACUUGGCCCAAACUUGUGUCAUUCCUUAUUUCUCGAUAACGAACACAAAUAUCCAUCUAAUCCUUAAAAACGUCACCGAAUUCGCUCAAAGAAACUUGAGCGAUUAGCCGUUUUUUGCCUUCAUUUCAUCCCUUUUUAAGCCUUGUUUUUAUUCCGAGUUGAGGGUGGGUUUAAGCCUAUUUACCUUGACGAGGAAAUGGAAUUAACCAGACAUUUUUAUCGCCCUUAUGCAAGACUACAUCUUUAUUAUCCAUUCGCUCUUUUUGCGACUUCCUGUGUUCUAUUUUAGAGAUGAAAAACAGAAAAGAAAGGAGGGCCAGACUGCUAGACUGUUUCGGAAUUAAUUCGGACUAGAUGGGGGAUAAGCGGCUGAAGGAGGAGGGAGUUCUCACGGCAUCUUUGAUCAAUGGUCAUAUUUUAUGGGGGUGUGUUGGAGAAAAAAGAAAGAACAAUCCAUUUUUUGGACUUGGAGACACUUCCUCAACAAAAAUUGUAACUUUUUAAUCCUUUUUUAUUAUUGCGGGCCAUGAAAAACUAUACGAUAAAGGCUCAGAUUCUAAUAAUAAAACUUGGCAUAACUUUGGAUUAAUUCUUUCUAACAAUAAGUCAUGUUCGAGAUCCCCGCUCGAUACAUAUUGCAGAAACGACUGGGAUUUGAGUUGACGGAGGCAAUAUUCUUUUAUGCAAGCUUAUUCUUAAAACAUUUCAACGUGUUUUUUUACAUUCUUUUCUAUGACACAUCACUUAUUUAUAAAUCCCAAUUUCUCCAAAAAUACGUAUACCUUUCAAAAUAUCCCCUUUUUUCUUCCAUUCCUCUCCAAAAGUGAACCCUUGUCAGGCCUUGUAUCCGGCUCAUGAUAUUACUGCGUUUACAAUUUUUACAUUUGUAUCUACAUCAUCACUUUUUCGUUUUAUCGUGUCCGCUUAAACAGGUCACGAUACGUUUCCAGCCGUUUUUUACAACAUUUUUGUUUUGUCUUAAUUCUCAUCGCGAUUUUUCCAAAUUUAAAGUCAUCAUAGGGAUUGGUGGGUAAUAAAAAAUGUGUUUUUAGAUCCACAAUUGCUCUGUGUCCCCAAAAAUCUUAAAAUCGCGGCGCGCAACGACUCCAUCGAGCUGGGCGAGCAGUGGCGCGCCAGUCCGGCGUGCUCGUCCACCACCUCCACCAGUUCGGCCUCCAACGCCAACGUCUCGAAUGGGACGCGAAGUACGGCGCCAGAGAAUGGCUACCGACAUACCACUGUGACGACGAUUAUCACCGAGGAAGAGGAGAAGAAUGGCAACAACGCGCCGGAAUGGGAGGGCGUUCAGACGGUGCACCGGCCCAAGAAAGUCAGGCUGCCAAGUCUGGGGGCCGAUUCCAACAUGAGCUUCGGUCACAAUGAUGGGUAAGUUUUAACGUUCUUCUCUUGAAGGGGAAUUAAAAUAAUGGAAAAGGGUUCUAACUGCGACGUGAAGCUUUUGCACCACAUUUUGAAGAAAUCUGAGCAUCGCACUUGUGGUUCUCGAAGGAAAUUCUCGAGACACAACUUCCAGUUGCCACAAAACGAAGCCAGAAAGUGAACUUGUCAUCCCAUUUUACGUUUGGUUGACUUCCUCUAGAUAAAUUUGAGUUCCAUUUCUCACGUUUUAAUACCAAUGUUUCGAAGAAUUUACUCCGUCAUUUGACCUCUUCAUCUUCAUUUUCACGUAACACGCCGAAAAGGUUGAUCAAAAAUUUCGGCACGUAUUCAAAAAUUGUUUUAAGUAUUUUUUAAAUUUUAAGCGUUAAGCGAUUUUUACUAUGGUAAAUAAAAAAUUACAGACAAUUUAAAAAUUUUGUUAUUUUUUUGACCUAAAAGUCUCGCUUUUUUUUUGCAAAUCAAAAGCUAAGAAUUUGGCAAACAUCUAUGUAAAAGAGACUAAAUGUGUUCCAGGCUUGAUCAAAAUUAGAUAGAAUCAAUUUAGAGCUACCAUUUUAUCUUAAACUUGACCCCUUGUUCUCCUCAGCACCCCGAAGCCAUUACCUUUCCCUCAUUUCUUUGCAAACACUGUCAUUUGUCAUCAGACCCCCUCCAUUUGCCUCAGCCUUCCUCAAAGCGCGUUCAAUUUGCUCACCGAAAGUGUCCAUGCUUAUUUUGGCGAGGAAUACGCUGAAGAAAUCUAAUUUUCGCCUCCUUUUCUCGAUAUGCGAAAAAAGACAUUUUCCGACAUUUUGCGGGUGGAAAAAGUUUUCUGGAGCGCAUAAUAUAUUCGGAUGAACAUCCGGGGCAAGAGCGUUCAGUACGAAAGAAUCACGUUGCUCAGGUAAUUUGAAUAUUUCUUUUUGGCCUUUUCGGGGUCUUUGGGCCGUUUUUUCCGAAAAGGGAUGACAAAAAAUGUGUGAGUUGGAAGUGGAAAGUUUGGUGAUGUAAGUAUAGGGUCGAUAAAUGGGGAAAAUCACCCCGCAGACUUUAUUUUAAGUUCUCUAGGACUUGAAAAUCAAUUUAUGAUUAAUUUUAGAACAGGAUUUAUAUUAUUUUGGGUAUUUUUGUAGAUAAAUUUUGCAAAAAAAAAUAUUUUUUAAACUGCCUAAAAUAGUAUUUUGGGCUGUGUAAUGUCAUUUACAGUUUUCUGUUUCAGCACUCUCCCUCAGCAGCCUCGGAAUUCGCUAAAUUCGGAGCUCGCGCAAUCUACCUCAUUCACGAACGAUCCCCAUAAACGUCAAUCCAGCAGUGCAUUUACGGCCGUUUCCGAGGCCUCUUCUUUCCAAUGUGAUAAUUCUCCGUUCUCGGCCGAAGAUCGGGCCUAUUAUGAGUUGGAACAGGCGCUGCAAUACCCAGUCUUACCACCGAAUCCGCAUUUUUUCUGUUGUUUUGAUCGGUUUCACAUUACAGUAAGUUGGAGAUUCGAAUUUUAAGAUAAAAAUAGCGGGGGUAAAGUCUUUGGAUGUUGAAGAAAAUUGACACCUUUCUAAGCAAUUUUUAAAAAUUUUUGGUCGCGCUUUGCAGAAAUUAAUAUUAUUUCUUUUAUUUUGGCAUGUGCUUGUAGAGUAGAGAUAAUUGAAAAAUCGGGCAAAGGGUCCAAAUAGUUUUUGGGCUAUAUUUUCGUAAAAAAAUUCGUUUUUGGUCAUUGCAUUAACUUAAAAAGUUUUCUGAAUUUUUCGAUCUAACAAUUUUGGUGGUUACUGCAAAGGGUAUGCUAAAAAUCUUACUCAUGAAUAUUCUUAGAAAAUUCUAUAGUUGUGUCAAGCUUUAUGAAAAUUGGAGUAUUUUUGGCAGCAUGAAUACUAAGAAUCUUUCCCAUUUUCAGGCAAUAUCGAAGGUCCUUUGUCUGCUCUACGUCAUCUUUUAUGGCUUUCUGUGUUAUCUCAGCUACGAUCCGAAUCACGCAGCGGCUUUCCUGAUCUCUGUUUUGGUCGCCAUCUCGGUUGGUUGCUGCCUGGUUUAUGCCGUUUUUCAAUGGUCCAAACUUUGCCUGAUGCCGUUCUUUCUGCUCCAGGUAAGCUUAUAUUGCACUGGGUAGUCACAAUUACAACCAGGCAUCAAAAAAUAGCAACUUCUGAUUUUUUAAUUGUAAAAAUUACUUUUUUUCAGGUGAUAUUGAUCAUGUACACGAUGGUUUGGAUGGUCUUUGUGGUGUAUGCGGCCUUAAGUCCGGGAGAUUCCUAUGUGUUCAAGGAAAUGCAUCAGACCUUCGAUAACUGGAUGGGUAUUUGCACACAAUUAUGUGAGCUUUCAACCUUGCUAUAAUUUUUAUUUUUAUAAUUUUUAAAAAUAUAAUUUUUUUGGAAAAAGUAAAAUAAAAAUAAAUUUAAAAAAAUAUUAUCCUUGCCAAUUUCAGGGUGCUGGAUUCUCCUGGCCGCCUUGGCCGUCUUCUUUGCCUUUCUCGCCUACAGUGCGCUCCUUUUUUGGUACGAAUACCAGUUCAUCGCGGAGGUGGAUCACUUUUUGAAGUCAAUUCGAAAGAGUUCUUCCAAUGUCUCCAAAGAGAAUCACGAAACUCAGAAUGGGGCCAGGAUGCAGAUGUAA